GCUCUGAACAACAAAUACACGUGUUUGUAUACAGAAGAGGACCAGACAGUAUGUACACGUCCAAACGCUGCUUUUGAUGGCAUUUUAAUAGACGCGACGCUUUCGACAAGACUGCAUUAAGAUUACUGGAAGAAUAUUUCUGUCUUUUUUACGAUUACUAUGAAACCUCGGGACGUUAUUUUCAAUGAAAAAAGCGACCUGUGGAUAUUUGGAUAUGGCUCCUUAGUGUGGAAACCUGAUUUUGCAUACAAGAGGAGCAAAGUUGGCUGCAUUAAAGGAUACAAAAGGCGCUUCUGGCAUGGAGAUGAUUUUUAUCGAGGGGACAAGGAAAAUCCAGGCAGAGUGGCCACACUAGUGGAGGAUGAGGAGGCUUGCACAUGGGGAGUGGCCUACGAGGUGACUGACUCCCAGAUUGAAGAGUCCCUUCAGUACCUGAACAUGAGAGAGGUUGUGUUGGGGGGUUACAUAACAGAGAUGGUGGAGUUCAUCCCUAAGGAGAAGGGUGAGGGUGCUCUGUUGGCCCUCGUCUACAUUGCUACUUCUGACAACCCCAUCUACCUCGGCCCGGCCUCUGACAAGGAUAUCGCCGCCCAGAUUGCCAUCUGUAGAGGCAACACGGGCCACAAUAUUGAAUACCUGGUCCGCCUGGCAGAGUUCAUGAGGCUCUACUGUCCCGAAGUAGAGGACGAGCACCUCUUCUCUAUUGAAGCAGCUGUUCUGAACAUUUUCCACCAUUGUGGAGGGAUCAGACCCCCAGACCAAAAGUCCCUUCUGCUGGGAGCUUCAUAAAAGACUACAUAAGGCACUCCACAUCAUAAGAAUGUUAAUGUUUUUAUACUAGGUGAAAGGGAAAUGAAGUCCUGCAACCCAUGUUUAAGGGUAUUGGGUGCUUGAAAGAUGACUACCUGAAAAAAAAUAUAACAGUGGUGACAUUUUCUGUGGCUAAACAGGUUUAGGUCUUAACAUAACCUCAACGAGACCUUUUGAUCUUCUUACUUGACAUAUUUCUACUGUGUAAAUUUUAAAUUAUGUUGGCUUUAUUACAUACUGUAUACGAACUCCAGAUUCAGGUGGUGCUUUUGAAACAUCACACUAAGAGAUGAAUACAGAAUAUCUUACAGCUUUGUUGUAAAAGGCUCUCAGAAACAGUUGUUUACUUUGUAUAUUUUGAAAAUGUAUUCUAAUAAAAACACUGAAAUCUGCA